GCGGCCGAAAAUCGAAGUGAAACAUCCUCAUUAAGCGGACUACCCUCACUACUGUCGUAGUCGAUGAGCCGUUGCGCGCACGUUGAUCACACAGCAUCGCGCUGGAUAUUCGCAUUUUUGGAGAAUCAUCUAAAGCAAAGAACGUUGUCUCUUGCUGGACCUAUACCGUAGUCUGUGGUCAGUUCCAUCUGAAACUAACCUCAAAAAAAAAAGAGAAAAGUGUGGUGCCAGUCACACAAAACAGGAGGUGGCUGACGGCACAUUAAACAAAUCAUAAAAAAAAGAGAAGUAUACAUUAGUGAAUAAUUUUAGAUUGUACUACUACUUUCUGAAUUUGCUGUAAAUAUUGACAAUAUCGCAACAAUGUCAACGGCUAAAAAGUUUUUAAACGAAAAACGAAAAUUAAAGAAUAUGAGUAAGGUGGAAUUGCAGCAAGUAAUAAUUAUGAAGAAACAAUGUGACGCGAAAGCCCUUGCGAUAGUCGAGCAACUCUUGGAACCAGAUGUAAAUUCGGAUUGGCUUCUGCAAAAUCUGAGAUUUUUAAAAAAAUGUCACAUGGAGGACGUAAUAGAGGAAAGAACGAUACUGAAGUUAUGUGGAUAUGUUCUCUGCUCAAAACCAUUAACCGUAAUUAUCCAACAACAGUAUCACAUAUCGACACGCAGCAAUAAGGUAUACGAUGUCAGUAAACGGAAGAAAUUCUGUAGUUCGUCAUGUUACGGGGCAUCCAAUUAUCUUCUUGAACAAAUGCUGGACAGCCCAUUGUGGCUGAGAGAUAAGGAGGAUAUAUCAGUUUUCAAAAUUUUAUCACGUGAUAUAAAUCGUAAAUUCACUCAAUGUGGAGAGGAAGUUAAUAUUCUUAGUAAUAACCACUCGCAAGGUAUAACUGAUAAUAACAAAAAUAAAACUGAUAAUAACAAAGAAUAUAACACGAUCGAGCAAACGAAAGAAGAUGUAUUGUGUGAUACUUCAUCAAGCUUCAAAGAAGAAGAUACAUAUAGUUCUUGUUCAGUAGAUGAUGUGAAUGCUGAGAAAGAAGAUGUACACGUGAAAGAGAUUUCCAUAAAUACUGAGUCACAAGAAUUACUCGGCUGUGAAAUAAAUCCAUCGAAACUACAUAAAAAUCCGAUAAACGAAGAUUGCAGUUUACAGGAAUCCAUAAAAGAAAAUCACAAUGAUGAUACGCAAAAGUUAAAUAUAAAACCAGAAGUAGAAAGACAAUCCGAAGAGAUUCUACAUUCUCAUGAGCACGACACGGAUACAGAAAAUACAAAUUUUGAAUGUGAAAAUGUAAUCACAUGUAAUAAGGAUAAUAAAACUUUGCAGUCCCAACCGGAUGGCACAGAUAAUAAAACUGAUGGGAUUAAAACAUUACAGCCCCAAUUGGAUAGAAUAUGUAGCAGCAGUACUAUAAUUUCUUCAGAUUCUCGCACUAAACAUAGAAAAAACAGGGACGCGGAUAAAAGUAAGAAAACUAAGAAAUUCAAACAAAAAGAAGCGAAUAAUGUGGUGGCAACAACUGAUGUUUACUGCAAUCUUAUAGCACGUGUCGAACAAAGUGUUAGAGAAUGGGUGACAGAGAACACGCUUUGCCUCUUACUAGGCAAGGAAGAUGAGAAGAAUCAGUUAUUAGAAAGCCUUAUACAGCAAGAAAGAUAUCAGAAAUUGUGUAAGAAACUGGAUAGAUUACAAUUGGAAGAUAAGAUGAGAGAUCACACCAACCUGGAGAGAGAUACUCUCAAACCUUUACCUGUUUCCUCUGUACUUCAAGAGGAAGGGAAGAAAAUCGAAUUGAAGGUGCGUGCAUUCUAUGCAGGGGAGACAACAUUUCCAUUAUCCGGAGAUAGCAGUAAGGAAUCGGAGAAUAAAGAUGACAAUGGUGAAUCCGUAUUACCACUAACAGAGAAAUGCGCGCCCAAUGUAAUUCGGCGUCGAAUUUUCUUGGAUAAACUUAAUACGAUAUUGCCGGAUUUACUGCGUACUCUCGCGAACAAUGCGAACGUUUCUUCAAUGAUGCAGUACACUCACAAUAAUGAGAGGUAUUUCCUGAUCAAGAUUUUGGUCAGCACUUUUAAUCUAUCUGCUGGAAACAUCAUUUUUAAAACUGGAGAAUGGACACUCGUGGGACUCAUCGUCAUCAAAAUGUUGAGCUUUAUCGAUGUAAAACUGCAAUCACUACUCCACUCGAAACAAGCUUCGAUGUACACGUCUAUGAUGCUCACAUUGUACAAAUUGGAUGGCAAUUAUUUGGACAGAUUUAUGAUGGAAGUCACAAACAGUAUAAAUGCAUCCGAGUUAAACGAUAGGAAUUGAAAUUAUAAAUUAGUAUUAACGGACUGUAUGAGUUUUAUAAAUGUAUAAAUGUACAAUUUUGUAAAUAUACACAUGUACAAUUUCGAUUCUUAUAAAACAUCGAUUGUAAGUAAGAACC